AUGAGGCCCCCGUCUGGCGAGAAAGAGACCUCGGCCCCGAUUCCAAAAUUGGCGAAAGGCAACAAGAGAAAAAGGGCCUCGACUUCCGAGGAUCCAGAACUUAAGGCAAGGACGGCUCGUAAGCCGAGGAAGAACACCAUCCGUCUAACAGAAGAAUCUAUUCGGCGUAUGAGGGAUGAAGAUGAAGAAAACGAUGACAGCUCUAUACUGGUGGCCCGAGUAAAGAAAACCAUCUAUGACCCAAAGACAACUGGAUCGAUGGUGGUUGAUAAGGCUCCACCUCGAACUAAGGGGAUAUCAGAGAAGGACUCAGGCAAAGUCCUCGAGUCGUUGGAGAUCGAGGAUGUCUCUCACCGAAAUGAACAAACGUUAGGAGCGAUUCGGGAAGCCCGAGCUUUGGGGACCCUCGAGGUAGACAGAGCUCAUGAGAGAGAGGACCCCUUCUGUGAUUUAUUUACAAGUAUCAAGGAUGCUGCCGGCCCGAGUGACGCAUCGAGUCUUUUCUUCGAGGCUCAUCGAGCCCUAAAUCGGGCUUUAUCUCUACAUCAGGAGGCGUUUUCCAAGUCUUGGGCGGAGCUGAGCCGAUAUGAGGCUGACUUCCGAGGGCUUUUAGAGGAGAGAAAUGCCCUCAAACUUCUUAGUGGGCAAAAAGAGGAAGAGAUCAGAGAUCUUCGAUCCGAGUUGUCCAAGGUUCACAAAGAUCAGACAAGUCUGAUCGAGCAGUUCCGUGAGGAGGUCAACACAAUAAAGGCGGAGUCCUUGGGAUGGAAGGAAGGAAUGAAAGAGAGGAGCUCGACUCAAGCAAGGAAAAUAGAGGAGCUUGAGGCUUGGUUGGCUUCUGAACUUGCCAAGGCCAAAUUUGAAGCCGAAAAAGCAAAGGCCGAGGCGGAUGCGAUCGUGGCCGUCUAUCAGGCCGAUGCUGAAGCCGCUCAAGUCCAGGCUAGAAGGCAUGAAGCCGAAGCCGAAGCGCUGGCCACUUCCGAUGACGAUGAUGAUGAUGGCAGCAAGAGCGUUUUCGAGAAUGGGGAGGACCUCGACGUAGAAGAAGCUGCCCCCGGAGGAGAUUAG